GCGGUUACGUCAUGCCUUUAAACGCGAACGGCUAGCCGUUCAGCCGGAAGUAGUCACAAUAGGGAGAGAAAACUCUAGCUUUUCGUCUGUUUCAGUUCAGUGUUACACGACGAGCAAAAGCCAUUGAAAUGAAUGAAUGAAUGUGUAAGAACGAGGUGUUUGUCGGCAUAAGCGUGGUUUGGGAUGUCAGUGGAGGACAUUGACCACACUAAUGUUUAAAGAUGUCAGACACCAUCUGUAAUUUCCUGAAUUAGUCUUACGAAUGUCUCUAACCUUGACGACGAUGAGCGGAAGAACAGUGACCGGCGACCAGCAGCAGUGGUCGAGGUCUGGAGAGAUGCAGCAUUCUCGUGGACCAUACAUCUCAGCUAUCACCAACAGGACGACCAACCUGUUGAUCCGAGGGGCCAUGUUGUUCUCUGUGGGCGUCUUCCUGGCCCUGGUGCUUAACUUACUUCAGGUACAGAGGAACAUCACCCUGUUUCCCCCUGAUGUCAUAACCAGUAUCUUCUCUUCGGCCUGGUGGGUGCCGCUCUGCUGUGGGACAGCUGCAGCAAUGAUUGGGCUGUUGUACCCCUGCAUCGACAGCCGUCUGGGUGAACCACACAAGUUCAAGCGGGAAUGGUCUAGCGUGAUGCGCUGCGUGGCUGUGUUUGUGGGUAUCAACCACGCCAGUGCUAAAGUGGAUUUUGCCAACAAUGUUCAGCUGUCUCUGACUCUGGCAGCUCUUUCCAUUGGCCUGUGGUGGACAUUCGAUCGCUCCCGCAGCGGCUUCGGUCUGGGAAUCUGCAUUGCCUUUUUGGGUACGCUGGCCACCCAGCUCCUUGUUUACAACGGAGUUUUCCAGUACACGUCGCCUGAUUUCCUUUACAUUCGCUCGUGGUUACCCUGCAUCUUCUUUGCAGGAGUAAUAACUAUGGGAAACAUUGGACGGCAACUAGCUUUGCAGGAAAGCUGAAUGAAAAUAGAACUUCUCUCAAGAGAAUAUGAAGAAUAUGAAUACAAAUUCAUUCAGGACAAGAGCCAUCAGGACUGAGGGAUGUCUCUGCUGCAUCAGACCUCUGCUCAGAAUGACCUGAAGCCAGGUGCAGGUUAUCAGCACGGACUACAGCUGGCUGAUGAGCCAGUCAGGCCGUUUAAAUCGAUCCCCGACAUCUCGAUCGGCUGCUGCGCUGUAUUUUUGACUGGCUCUGUCAGGCCUUCUGCUACCACAUUAUAUCCAUGAACUGACGUGAAUAAUGAGAGUGAAGUUUCUCUCCUUCCUUUCCUUUAUUGCGGUUUAUCUGUAAUAGACAUGGAUUAGCAGAUAAGCAGCCAACAUUCCUCAGAUCAGCUUAGAUGUUUGCUCCCUUGGCUCGAUUGUGCCAAACAGAAUCUGUGGGAUCUGUUUAUUUAUCUGCCCUCGUCUCAUGAUUCUUCCUCAUCUGUCGUAUAUCGGUGGGGAAAAAACAGCCUAGUGAACAUAUCCAGGAUGCAUCUAUGUACUGGACUUCUUUUUUUAUGUAGUUACCCAUAAUCUACUUUUAGAUCUUCUUCAUGAAGAGAUGUUGACAGGUGCUGGUGCUAAGGAAACAGGAUGUCCAGUGUUCCCCUGUAGUGGGUACAUGUAAGAGCCCAUUAUUUUGUGCAUUAAUUUGUACAGUAUCAUCAGGUCAAAAAACACUGUCUUUGGGUUUAGGGUUAGAAGUGAGCAACACAUUUAGAAAUAGAAAUUCCAUCUAUAAAUGAAGACUAUGGUGUUAAUUAGUUUAAAACUAGUUACUGUUUUUUAUUUCAGGGAGGAAGACUUGGCCAAAAGUCUUCCUGCUGCCUUUUAGUUCCCAGCUCACUUUGAAUGGUGUUGUCCACCUAAUGCAUGACAGCAGAUAUGGAGUAACGGUGAUGGAACUUCACACUGAAUCAAAUAAAUUCUCUCUGGUCAAACUGG